AUGUAUGGUAUUCCUAGUAGAGUUCGAUUGGACAAGGGGGGUGAAAACACUCUUGUUGCUAUGUACAUGCUUACUAACCGAGGUACAAACCGUGGAAGUCACAUUACCGGUAGGAGUGUGCAUAAUCAACGAAUCGAACGUCUUUGGAGAGACUUGUUUAUUGCUUGCAUUUCACUGUUUUAUAAUCUUUUCUAUUUUAUGGAAGAGCAUGGUUUACUAGAUCCUACAGAUGAAAUCCACUUGUUUGCAUUACACUAUGUUUUCCUACCAAGAAUAAAUCAAAAUCUAGAAAUAUUUAGAGAAAGUCACAACAAAGCACCAUUAAGCACAGAAAAAAACAGAUCUCCUGAGCAAUUAUGGUUGACUGGUAUGCUUAACAGAAGUAUUGAAGAGGCUGAUGCUGAAGACAAUCAGGUUAGGCAAAAAUUAGAAGUAUAGAUUACAUGAAAAUAAUGAUGUGACCGAUAAUAUAAAGUAAACAAUCAAGUUAAACACACCUGUUUCUCAAAUUUUAACCAACGAACAGGCGUACUCAUUACGGCCUGCGGAGGAAGUAGAUCAAAUAUUAUGUUACUGUAUGAAAUGUUACAAGCAAAAAUGUCAGUUUUAGUCUUUCAUCAUUACUAAUAUUCUUCUUCACCGUUCUGUUUUUUUUUAGGAACGCAAUUUGCAUCGAGUUGAUUGGGAUGUGGCAGAUGUGUCAAGAGCCGACUCAGUUGAAGUUCCAGAAGUACCUGCACCAACAUCGCAAAAUGGGCUUUGGGAAUUAAAUGAAGUCAUUGAUCCUUUAAAAGAGAGUGAUUGUCAUGGUAUAGACAUAUACAUAGAAACACUGGAGUAUAUUUGGAACAGAAUAUAA